AAAGAUGAAGAAAUCGCUAAAGUCUAUGAAUAUAAAGAUUAUUUUGAAAUGUCAUCUAAAUAUUCAAAAAUCAAAGAAAAAAGAAAUAUUACUAACAGAUUUUUUUGUGAACUUUUUGAUGAAAUUUCACAUUAUGAAUUAGAAACAAGAUUAAAAAGUCUUAUAUUUGAUGCCAAACACGUAUUUGAUAAAAAAGAUUAUGAAAAUGCAUAUUCUAAACUAAAUGAAAUUAUAGGGCAAAUUCCUGCUACUCAUAAAGAAUAUAAUAAUGUUGUACACAAACUUUUAUUAUGUAUUUUGAGGUUAAAUAAGAAAAAUGAAUUUAAGAGAGUUGAGAUUUUUAUUAAAUAUUUUAGAUCGUUAAGUAACUCUGAACCAAAAAAAGAAAAACAAGGUGCUAAAAUAUUAGCUAACAAAAUUGAAAAUGAACUAUCAGAAAAGUUAUUUUCAUCUAUUGA